GAGCAGUUCAUAUAGAGGGAGAGCAAGCUAGGACAGGUGAGAGGGAGGGAUUGAGACAUGGGAGACAAAAUGCAAAACGGAACGUUUCCUGUUGGGCUCACCAGGGCAAAGUCAUACUCAGCAAUGAUAUUCCUCCAAUUUGGAUUUGCUGGGAUGUACGUUAUCACCAUGUUCUCUUUGCAGCAAGGAAUGAACCAUUACGUUCUUGCUGUUUAUCGCCAUUUGGUUGCAACAAUUGUCAUUGCACCCUUCGCUCUAGUUCUUGAAAGGAAAAUAAGGCCCAAGCUAACUCUCCCCAUUUUCCUGAGAAUCCUGGUGCUCGGUUUCCUAGAGCCAGUAGUUGAUCAAAACCUGUACUAUCUGGGGAUGAAGUACACGACAGCAACCCUAGCAUCUGCCACCGUGAAUGUGAUUCCUGCCAUUACCUUUGUAAUGGCGUUGAUAUUCAGGCUGGAGAGAGUGAACUUGAAGAAGGUGCAUAGUAUAGCCAAGAUAAUUGGAACAGUAAUCAUGGUCCCUGGAGCAGUUAUCAUGACUCUGUACAAAGGUCCUGCAAUCAAUUUUAUAAAGUUGCAAGGGGGAGGCCACCACGGUGCCACCAACGCAGCUGAGGCUAAGCAUUGGGUUGCCGGAACACUAAUGCUCCUAGCCAGAUGCUGGGGCUGGUCAGGUUUUUACAUAUUGCAAUCAUUUACAUUGAGGAUGUACCCAGCAGAGCUCUCGCUUACAGCUCUGAUUUGCUUUAUUGGCACCAUAGGAGGUGCAGCAGUGUCAUUUGCGGUGGAAAGAGACAUGAACGCCUGGAAAAUUGGCUGGGACGCAAGCUUGCUAGCUGCUGUUUAUUCUGGAGUGGUUUGUUCUGGGAUCGCCUAUUACGCACAAGGAGUUGUGCUCAGGGAACAAGGCCCAGUUUUCGUUACAGCCUUCAAUCCACUUUGCAUGAUCAUCACGGCAGCUCUAGGAUCAUUAAUUUUAGCAGAGAAAGUUCACCUUGGAAGCAUAAUAGGAACCGUUAUCAUAAUUUGUGGACUUUACACUGUCCUGUGGGGCAAAAGCAAAGACCAGCAAAACUCAACAAUGGAGGAAGGUAAACUGCAAGAAUUGCCAAUCACAGACAGUGCUAAAUCAAUUGCAAUUGAAGAUAGCAUCGAGGGACCAGCUAGAAUUUUGAAGAUCCCAACAGAGAGUCAAGUAACUCGAGAAACAUAACAAGAAUACUGUAAAUUUUUUGAAAUUUGCAGAGGCGUUUUCUAGCUAUUAAGUCAUUUUAUAUCUUUUGUUUCUGUCUCAGAGUUUUUAUUAAAGAAUAAACUAAUUGUCGGGCUUUAACCUGUCAAUAUUAAAGCUUUUGAAGUC